GAGAUUUUAAGGCCAACCAAUUAACAAAGAAACACUCUUCAGUCUAUCUCCUCACCUCUUUCUUAUUCACCACUUUAGCUAAACCUCAGCUCGACUGUACCAACAAACAUUUUUAAAACUUCACUCUUCUCUCUCUUUCAACUCUCAUUUUCAUAAAUCUGUUAUCUCAUCAUUUCAUUUUCUUUCAAUGGAGUCUUCCGCCAUUCUCCGAUCUUUCAACUAUUCUAUAGGUACCGUUUCAAAAGUGAGAUCGCUGCUUGAGAGACCUGCAAUGGUGUCUAUUCAAAAUAGUUGCUGGCACUUCUCGAGUAAAUCACACAAACUUGCUGCUUCUGCGGUGAAGCGAUACAAGACAGUUGUAUUAAGUGCAAAGACAUCUGAAGCUACUGUAGCAGCCACGUCUGACAUUUCAUCUGAGAGUGCUACUCAAAGCUCUCCAGAGAAAAAUGCCCUGCGCACCUUCCCAAGUGCAUUUGAGGCAUUGGUACUGGAGGUCUGUGAAAAGACAGAGAUUGCUGAGCUGAAAUUGAAGGUUGGAUACUUUGAAAUGCAUCUGAAGCGGAAUGUUGGAGCCACUAAAGCUCCCUUGUCAAGCCUUCCACCUACAACACCACCACCUAUUCCAGCUAAACCCAUGGAUGUAUCAGCUCCUGUGGCUGCACCAUCGACACCACCAAAACCCUCUGAAGAAAAAGCCAGUCCUUUUGCUAAUGUGUCUUUUGGAAAGUCACCAAAAUUAGCAGCCUUGGAGGCUUCUGGAUCAAAUGAUUAUGUUCUAGUAACUUCUCCAACGGUUGGUUCAUUCCGGAGGAACAGAACAGUGAAAGGAAAGAAGCAACGUCCCAUCUGUAAAGAGGGGGAUGUGAUUAAAGAAGGACAAGUGAUAGGAUACUUGGAUCAGUUUGGUACUGAACUUCCAGUGAAGUCAGACGUGGCUGGAAAAGUCUUGAAGCUCCUCUUUAAUGAUGGAGAGGCUGUUGGUUAUGGUGAUCCUCUCAUUGCUGUCUUGCCAUCAUUUCAUGGCAUUAAGUGAGCUUUCUCUCCUAUGAAGAGCAUUUUUGCAGUCUUUGUUGUUUGAGAGUUGAGACCGCCAAGGUUCACCGUUCGUUUUAAGUCCUUGCACUUUUUUCCAUAGUUCGCUUUUUUCGGUUUGUUCAAUCAGAAGACAUGAGUGUAAUUGGUUACAUGAACUAGACCUCAAUGGGUCAAUCAAAAUUAGUUGCAGAUCCUGGAAUAAUAGAUUGAGAAGAAAUUUGUCCUUUGUGUUAGACGAUAUUCUUGUAAAUCCUUAUCGAGAUGCAGAUGUUUGUUGUAUCCCAAAAAAUACAAACAGCUUUUAUUUCCCUA